AUUUCUAGAAAAAAUUAGAAUCCAAUCAUGUUUUAUGAUAUAUUCGCAUUGACGCAAAAGAGUUUGUAGUGGAAAAGAAGGAGUAUAAAAAUUGAAUUGAGAUUUAUUGAAAACGUGCUGACUAACUGGCAAAAUAUCAAAUCAUUAUAAAAAAUGGAAAGGGUAAAUGAACUUAAAGAAAAAGGAAAUCAGGCCUUAAAUGCUGAAAAGUAUGAGGAAGCUAUAGAAGCGUAUACGGAAGCCAUUCUAUUAGAUGAUAAGAAUCACGUUUUAUUCAGUAACCGUUCAGCUGCUUACGCGAAGGCCGGCAAAUUUUCCGAAGCAUUAGAAGAUGCAGAGAAGACAAUUGCUCUCAAUCCCACAUGGGCAAAAGGUUAUUCACGCAAAGGUGCUGCUGCCGCUGGCUUACACGAUUAUAGAAAAGCCUUUGAAGCUUACAAUGAAGGUCUUAAGUGUGAUCCAAAAAACGCAAUUUUACUGCAGGGGCGUCAAGAAAUUACUAAUACUGUUUUACAGUUUAUGCAACAGCAGGGUGGACCGAUGCCUAUGGACAUAGAUCCGCCACGUUCGCAACGUUUUGCAAGCUCUUCUGCUCCAAAACCCCAAGAAAAAAAGGCACCCAAGCCGGCCGAGCCCAACCUCAAUGAAAUGUCGGAGGAAGAGCGUCAAAAAUAUUUGGCUAAAAAAGAAAAAGAAGCUGGUAAUGCAGCUUACAAAAAGAAGGAUUUCGAUAACGCUCUCGGUCAUUAUACUAAAGCCAUGGAAUAUGAUCCUACAGACAUAACGUUCUACAAUAACAUUGCGGCAGUUUACUUUGAACGUAAGCAAUACGAUGAAUGUAUUAAAAUGUGUGAAAAAGGUAUCGAGAUUGGUCGAGAAAACCGAGCUGAUUUCAAAUUGAUUGGUAAAGCUUUUGCUCGUAUUGGCAAUUGUUAUCGUAAAAUGGAAGAUUAUCAACAGGCAAAAGUAUACUAUGAGAAAGCUAUGUCAGAGCAUCGUACCCCGGAGGUAAAAACGUCACUGAGCGAGGUCGAAUCGAAAAUUAAAGAAUUGGAAAGGAAAGCUUAUAUAGAUCCAGUUAAAGCAGAAGAAGAGAAAGAAAGAGGCAACGAUUUGUUCAAAAAGGGUGAUUACAGUACUGCCAUUAAACAUUACAGUGAAGCAAUUAAACGUAACCCUGAUGAUCCGAAGCUUUACAGUAACCGAGCGGCCUGUUACACGAAGUUGGCUGCAUUCGAUUUGGGCUUAAAAGACUGCGAAAUGUGCAUAAAUUUAGAUGAUAAAUUUAUUAAGGGUUACAUACGCAAGGGAAAAAUACUGCAAGGCAUGCAAAAAACUUCUCAGGCAAUGACAGCUUAUCAAAAAGCGUUGGAAUUGGAUCCCAGCAAUGCUGAGGCUUUAGAAGGCUACCGCCAGUGCUCCCUAAAUUUCCACCGUAAUCCUCAGGAGGUAUUAAAGAACGCUAUGAAUGAUCCUGAGGUACAGCAAAUACUUAAGGAUCCUGCUAUGCGCUUAAUUUUGGAACAAAUGCAAAACGAUCCAAAUGCUGUAAAAGAGCACUUACAAAAUCCAGCUAUCGCUAAUAAAAUAAUGAAACUUAUGGAAUCCGGCAUCAUACAAAUCCAUUAAAAAAAAUUUUUCAUUGCCUUUACUAUUUACCUCCACUAAACAGUUCCAUUGGAGAAUGCGCUUUUUAUUUAAAGCCGGCUUUGUUCGGGUAUUUGGGUUGCGGAUUAAUAAACUCAACUGCUAAAUGUUUUCAAUGCUAAUUAAUUUUGCAAAAAGAUUAAUAUUUGUAAACUGAACUUUCUAUUGGCUAAAAUUUUCUUAAGUAAUAUUGUUUUAUAACACCUGCAAAAAAUUGAACUAGGGGCACUUUCCAUCUUUUUAAAAAGCAGUUGUAUAAGUUUUUAUUAAAUAUUUUUGUAAUAUAAGUCACGCAAAUUUUUUUAAAAGCCUUCGAAACAAAUAUCUACACAAUAAAGGUAGCAAAUAACACAUUUGUACACUGAUAUGCAGGAUAUUGAAUAAAUAAAAUUUGAAAAUUGGAAAAAGA